AUGGCAGCGUUGCUCAACGACUCCUCCUCGUGGCCUCUUUCCGCCGUGGGCGCGUCCAGCUCCUGGCUGCAGUCGACCGGCCACUUCUUGUCUGCCGACUUGAAGUUCCCUUCCAUGUGGAUUACUCGCGAUGCCGUGCCGUAUGUCAGCUCCGUGGUGCUGGCAUACCUGCUCCUCGUCAGGGUCCUCCGUUUCCGCCGCAUCAACAAGCUGCAACAACGCUUCUCGCUCGCCUCUAUGACUGAUGAAGAAGCAUGGGAAAUCCAAAAGGUCAUGGCCCAGCUCGAGUUCCCGUUCCUGUACGAAAAGAGUCUUCAAUUCGCUCUCUUCCGUACCUAUGGCAUCCCAACCAUUUCAAAGACACUGACCAAAACGCAACAAUUCGCUAAUGCCCAGUUCUCCUUUAAACGCUACGCAGACACCGUUGUGCUUAUUGGCGAGUUCACCGCGCACCAUCCCACCUCGACUCGAGCGCAGACGGCUAUUGCGCGUACCAAUUACAUCCACAGUCAGUAUCGUCAGUCGGGUGCCAUAUUGCCGGAGGAUAUGCUGUACACACUUUCUCUGUUCGCUACUGAGCCGAUUCGCUUCAUCGACCAGUACGAAUGGCGCCAGGCCACCGAUGUCGAGCGAUGCGCAAUGGGCGUGUUCUGGAAGAGUAUUGGCGACGCCAUGGACAUUGACUACAGCGACUACCUGCCCUCGGCCGCGAGCGGGUUCAGAGAUGGCAUUCACUGGCUCGAAGAAAUUACCGCGUGGGCUCAAGAGUAUGAGAAGAAAGCCAUGGUGCCCGCCCAGACAAACCGAGACACGGCCGACCAAACCACUGCUGUACUGACCUAUGUCCUGCCGCCAAAACUCAAGUUCCUCGGCGAGUGGUUCGUAUCGUACAUGAUGGACGACCGCCUGCGCAAGGCAAUGCUGUACGAACCGGCCCCGGCUCUCUCGCAACUGUUUUUCGCCGGUACCUUGGCCCUGCGCAGGCUGACGCUUCGUCAUCUUUCCCUGCCUCGUCCGUAUUUCCUGCGCGUGGAGAACUACACUGAAGAUCCCGACCCCAAGACCAAAACAUACUACAUGCUCAACUGGUCCGCCCAGCCGUACUACAUCAAACCCACCCUGUGGAACCGCUGGCUCAGUCCGUCCGCCCUGUUCUUCCGGAUCUUGGGGCUGCCCGUGCCUGGCGAUGAGGGAGACAAGUAUUCCCCCAGCGGAUACCAUCUCGAUAAUGUCGGGCCUAGGCGUUUCGAGAACAAGGGCCAGGAUUUCAUGGAAAAGCAGAUGAAGGAUUUGAAGGGGAUGCGAAAGGGGGGAUGCCCGUUUCAUUGA